AUGUUGUGGCGCCUACACCCGUGCACCACAGAUCGCAUCCCCUUAUCGGCUUUAGAUCUGAUUAGUCGUUUCCGUGCUCUCUGUUAUUUCAUCCUUAUGUUCCCACGGUUCUUAAAGAGGCUGGCCUCUGUUUCAAGUAGACGCCAAAGGUACAUAAGAUACCGCAGAUGCCUGCAAUUGCCUUUUUUCUCCCGGUAUUUCUCCCAGGCUUUCUCAUAUUCCCUCUUCUCCAAGAACCAUCUUGGUGGAUAUUGGUCUUUCUUCCUGGUCAGAAAGGCUAGUGACCCUCGCGCACCUUACCACAAUUCAGCCGGUACGAGACCUAGUAAAGUGCCUCUUAGUGGUCAGUAUGACCCUUCAUUGGUUGACUCCGCGUUACUCCAAGUAACAAUGAAUAAGUAUGCCAAGAAUGCGCCAGCCGAUGUUCUUCAAGUUUUGAAAGUCCUCUUCGAUUCAAACCCUUCUCGCAUGUCAAGAUUGGUGGAGUCUAUGUGCGAGUUCUAUUCUUCUAGAGGCAAGACAUCUUUUUCUCUGACUUCGGCAAAUGAAUUAAAUGAUAUAAUGAGGGUGUUUUGGAACUCAAUUGCUCUUGCAGUCAAGAAUGAGACGCGUCCAGAAUUACGUGAUUACUUCCUUAAAUUAGAUUCUAAGAUUUCAAAGUCAAAGCAUUCUACAGACGCUUCCAAUCUUCUUGAAAUGCUCAUGGACUAUGGUUCAAAGAGGAAAUCAUAUAUGGACCUCUACAGCAAGGGAAUUGGUAACUUCUUACCAGAGUUGCAAACAAUGGUGUCUGAGUUUGAUUUCUCAAAGCUAACUACUAUUGCCCCCGUGUUGAACAAAAUAUCCCUCUUGGUAUCUGAGUUCAAUGCCUAUUUAGCUGAACAAGGCGAUCUAAAACAUUUCGACUCUAAUGCCUACCACCUCUACAUAAACUUGAAGCGUUACCAGAGCUUAUACAAUAUUUUGAUUUCACGAUCCACUGAUAGUCGCUUGCCGAAAGAGAUUCUCGCCAUAGUUAAAGAUGAGCAAGCCGCUGCCAUUCAAUCUGAAAUUCAAAAAUCCAGUGGAGAGCAAGAAGAAAUUGAUAAGCUUAUCUUUACAACACACAGAAACAUCUUAAAUGCUUUCUAUGUGUCGACGGGUUUGAAAAAUUAUCAUACACUCUUUGCGUUUGUGAAUCACGAGUGUCGAAGGGAUGUGUAUUCUAAGGAAGAAAAACAGAUUUUCCAAAACUUUACUAAAACAUUCUUGCCAUUAUUAUGCAAGGGAUUACUUAAAUCGAACCUGUUGAAUGAUAUCAAAUAUCUCUGUCUUCCUGUUCGAUUUGACAAUAAUGUCAUUAUUCCGUUCAAAUUCUCGGAGAAUCUUUUAGAUAAUUACGAACUUUCUCUUGCAAUACUUUUUGAAGUACCAUGUCGGAUUCAUUUGCUCAAUUUAAUCACUCCCAGAAGCAUCAAGGACUACUCAGCACACUCGUCAAAUGAAAUUGCCUCGGAAAUUCGCAAGUAUUUUGAUACGUCUUGCGCAUUAUUGAAAAACGAUGCAGAGAGUCUUAUCAAGUCCUUGCUGGCCAUGGACCAAUAUCUCAUACGCGGUUUUAAAGUGUUAAACUUGCUUAAUGAAGACAAAAAACUCCAAACAAUUGCUCAGGAACAGAGCGAAAAAUGUUCCACUGUUGAGUGCUUAAACCCUUCAAUCAUUGACCUUACAUCAAAAAUUGAAGACCACCCUACGGGGAAGAAUACGAAUGAACCCAUUCAUGCUAUCAAUGAUGAAGUCCUGCGUUUCAAAAAUGAAGUGGCAAAUUUCCGUGCCGUGGAUUUGAACAAUGAACGAUUUGCUGAUAUUGGUGCUCGUGCAACACUUCGCUAUAUUAAUGAACGGAUGAAAGAAGUGUUAUCUCUGAGCAACACAUGUGAGACGUCGGCUAUUACAUCAGAAAAUGCAGAGAAAUUCGUUAAGCUCUAUGAACAUUUGGCCACAGCAUAUGACACAGAUACUCCAUUUGUAACUCAACUUGACCGCCUUGCAGAUGAAGUAUUACACGAUGAGAAAGCUUUGGAACGGUCGGAGUAUGUGCAAAUUCCAGAUUACCUCAUGCUUCACUCCUUGCACUCUGAAUUAGAAAUUUUCAAAACCGACGAGCUUAAACGUGACUACAGUGAAUUAACACUGGAAGAAGUAUUGAAACUGUUAGAAGCACGAGUUCAGGAGGUUCUUCAACACGGUCUGACCCUGUCGGAAUCAAGAAUAACGCUGAAGAAUAUUUUGCAUUUCAAAAAGCUAUUAUCGCGCUUAAAGACGCUUUUUGCAGUAAAUGGUGGUAAUACUGAAGUUUUAGAUGCACUCAUUAGGUCUCAGAAUACCUUUGAUCAAUUUGAAUCGCAGUUACGUGAAAGACGCGAAGCGAAAGCACCCUUCCAAGCCAGUUCACAGGAAGUUCCUGAAACAUUUUCUGGACCUUAUUUGCAGAUACCAGACGAGCUACAAUUGCAUCAAUAUAUUGAAGAGCUUAGUCUUUUUCGGAAACAUGACCUUUCAAGUGAAUACAAAGAUAAGUCGGCUCAAACUAUUCUCGAUUUAUUGCAAGAAAGAACUGACAAUGUUUACAAGGGAUUACCAGUUUCCUAUCCUGAUCUGUGCAUCAAUGCAGACAACUUUGUCAGGUUCAUCAAUUUGCAAGCAAAGCUUAAAAAAUUGUUUAUCCUCAAUGGCGGAAAUACAGCAAUUUUGGAUACAUUGAUUCAUUCGCAGUCCGUCUUUGAAGAAUUCGAAUCUAAAAUCGCUCACCAGGAGAAAAGCCUUGUUGCUAAUGAUGAAAAUGUGUCGGGAAAAGCAUACAUCCAAGUUCCAGAUCAAAUGGUAUUCGAAGAGUACUCCGAGGAAUUAUUAUCGCUCAGGCGCAAACUUGGUUGUACUUUUGCAAGUACGACAGCAGAGGAUAUUUUGUUAUGCUUAGAGCAAAUGCAAGCUGAAGAAAUGGACCUUGAUCAAAAAGUUGUUCUUGGUAAAUUACUUUACAAUCUUCACAACUUGUUUAAACUCAACAAUAACCACACAUUUGUAUUGGACAAUAUUUUACUAAGCGCUAAAACGUUUGAUCAAAUUGAGCAAAAGAUUUCAAACAAAGCAGCUGCAGAAAACACAUUCGUUAUGGGUGAUUUCUUGAAAGAUGAUGCGAAGUCUAGAGUCCAAGCAGAUGAUUAUGUGUUGUCUCUUCUCCCUGACAAAGAGAAAUUAUUAAAGUCAGUAAAGUUUGAUUCAGAAGAUGCAAUACAGACUGCUGUGCACAAAGCAUUUUCCUCGUACUCUGAAGAAAAUGAGAAUGGUAUAGUGGACGAAAACAACAAUUUUGUUUUGUCGCAUGUUGAAUCAGCACCACAAAGAGUGGCAUCCAAGGCUAAGGAAAUUGACGAGCAUGGUAAACCAAUUCACAAAGAAACCCUUCAAAAGUUCUUGGAGAAAGCAAAACAUAAGAAUGAAAGUAAGCUCGAGAGACAAUGGAGAGAGCGCAAAGCUUACGAGUGGAGCAGUAAUAUGGCUAACGGAAAUCGUUCCCUUGAAUCAAGAAAUUUCUUCGACCCAUUUUUCGAAAAGACUUCCCGCUUCCCUAUGUUUCCAUCAAUAAACGGCAAGGGAAAUGAUUAUUUGGUUUUAACUGGCAAAGGCGAUACAUUCAUGUCUAAUACUAAUCCGUUGGGGGAGACACAUACUCCAGAAGACAUGGUAGGAAUCCUCGAGCGUCUUUCCGAGAAGGAGUUGGAAAAGUUUUCCAAGAGCAUCAAUAAACUUCAAAAACGUAACUGGAGACUUAUUGGGGCAAGUGAUGGUAAGGACAAGUUGUUGGUUUUGAGUCGCAAGACUUCAAGUCGUCCUCGCAUAUAUUUGGCACAUCUCAAGUCGUUAGUGGGAUCAGCCUUACUCGUGUUCUUAUUGUUGAUCGGUUUGAACUACUGCCUCGAAGACCGUACUGCUGCAGAGGAGAAACAGCUGGUCAAUAAACCAACAGAUGCGUUAGCAGAUAAUUCCCGUGUGCGAGUCAAUACAGCAACAAACCCCAAUACGGAAAAGACGGACCUUGUUGUUGAACUGAAUUAUUUAGUCCCAUCGGAAAACACUCCACGUCGGAACCGGUGGGCACUGCUUCUUUGGAAAAUUUGA